CGCAUUGUUCUUUGUUCAAAAUUCUUCGUCGUUUAGACUUUGUUGAAGUUUUGUGCAGAAUAUAUUAUAUUUGGAGUCAUGGAAUCGACGACAAGCCCAGUGGCGUCGACGCCAGUGGAAAAAGCUCCGACCGAAUCUCCACCGCCGCCGCCUAAUGAUGCCCUUUUCUACGAGGAGGAUGAAACAGGUCACUGGACGAACCCCCGACGAGGCCCAGUCAACGAUAUCCGGACACGUGCAACGACUGUUAUAUUCGCCUCGGCCGAAACCUUAGCAGAGCACGCGCAGUCGCUGCUCCCAACUUCUUUCCUGCCUGUGGUGGAAGAAGACCUGAACGGGACAUUCGUGUGUGAUUACGAUUAUGACGAGGACGGAAAGUUAAUCACCAGACAUGACUCCUGGAGUUGUUUCAAGAUCAAAAUGGCACCCCCGCCCCCGGCCAAAUACUACUGGGUGCAACCCGCUGUCCUCGUGCAAUGGGACCCCAAGGCCGACACCCAGCGUGUCUGGUUUAUCAACCUGCCCCCUCAACAGGAGGCCGACUUGACCGCGCAGAUGGAAACCCUGGCGCCCUUCAAGAACCGACACUUAAACCCAUACAUGUGGCACGGUCUCUUUGCAACUGCAGUGCUCUCAAUGUAUAAACAGUCAUUUUGGUAUCUGCGGGAUAUAGUCAGGGAUGUUGAGAAGGCCCGAAACCUAGAGAAGCCGACCGCCCCCGACUUCCACAACUUGCACGACAUCGCGCGCCACAUCUUCCACUCAACGGAGACGCUUCAAGUCGCCGAAGCGACGCUCACCAGUCUGCGCGAUGAGCUCUCCCGCUGGCGUGAUGAGCACCCGGAUCUCGUGAGCGGGCUCAUGCGCGGCUCCUGGAUGCAGACGCAGCAGAGGGUGGUUUUUGCGGCAAGAGAGAUUAACUCUGCGCGGAUUCGGUCGCAGUCGUUGACGGAUAGGUUGCAGAAUGAGAUUAACUUGGUAUGUUUCUUUUCAUUUUUGAGGAUUCUCCAUUGCCUUUUCCUUUUGCUUUCGCUUCCACCUUUUUCUAAGGAAAGAAAGAACUAAGGAAGGAAGAAAGAAAGGGUGGCUAAAAAGCUAAUAUGGAAUGAAAAGGCAUUCAACCUCGUCUCGCAGCGCUUCGGCAAAGACGCCCAAAGCGACAGCGCAAUCAUGAAGACCAUCGGAGUCGUCAGUCUGGUGUAUCUCCCCGGCACAUUUGUGUCUG